AUGGCGUCGGCUGACUCCUUAGGCAAUUUCAGGGCUUUCCCGGCUGAGAUUCGCAACCAAAUCUAUCGUCUCGCUUUACCGAAUAUCCUGCAUGAUCCAUUAGGCGUGACCAAACCUGGCGGUCGCACCCGAAAUCUUGGGAUCUUACUUGCUUCUAGAAGACUGAAUACAGAAGCGUCCGCUAUACUAUUCUCGAAAUGCUUGUUCAAGGCCAACAUCAACCAAUCAUUCUUCAUGAUUAAUGGAACGAUGGAAAGAAUACUUUCAUUUUCCAGCGCCCACUUCUUGCAACAUCUGGAGCUGGCUAUUCCGGCCGACAAUCUAUGGGGGUGGGAUCUUCCUGAGCUAGAUAAUCCUGAUCGUGAAGCAGAGGCUUCGAAAGUUUUCCUCAUCUUGCUCUCCGAAUUUGCAAAGGGGAAUUCUGUGCGAGAAUCGAUUAAUAUCAUAAUUUAUCCGUGGCUUCUACGGAAGACUUAUGAUGAUCAUUCACAACGUGAAUACUUGAGCCAUCCUAAGGUGGUCGAAGUGUUCGGCGCCAUCAGUCGCCUUAAUAACUUCAAGAAGGUUACCAUGCGAUUCUCAGUCUCUGGAGAAGAUAGAUAUAAAUUCCAAAAUCAUGUGACGUUCUUCAUGAUAGCAGGACGGCGCCUUGCCAGAUUUUGUAGAGCUUCCCUCGGGGACUGCAAGUCUCAGCAAGCAUUCGUGCCCGUCGAGGGCAGGAUGUGGCAGGACUUUACACUCGAGAUACAGUUCUUCCCGCAGGCACAUGCGCUUCAGCAAAAACUGGGUGGAAUCGAGGCAGGAGAGAGAAAGUAA